AUGCCCAGACUGAGCGUCCCGUCAGAGCACGUGCCUCCGCCAGGCUCUAAUUGCUCUGUCGCCAGGAUGAAAUUUGCGAAGGAGCUAGAACAGGAGUUGGUUCCGGAAUGGCGUGCUAAGUACCUGAACUACAAGGCAAGUCAAAAUACUACUUGGGCUCCGGAGUCUCGGAGUAAUUACCAGCCUCUCACCUUCCGUCGCGCCGCCACUGGGCUAGGGGACCAACCGUUUUCCUACCCUCGAAGUCCCUUCCGCUCGUCCACGGUAAGGUCUAACCCGAAUCUUCCAUCGAUAUCACAGUCGAGUCCCACCGGAAAAGCAGAGCGGCAGCCCUUGAAGUCACCGAGAACACGAUUCCCAGGAUCACACGGGAGCUAUGGCAGCAUCGGUCCUACACCGCCGUCUGACAAUCCUCAGGCGUCGGAUCUCGCCUCCUUGAAAUUGCCUGAUCCGGCUAUAGAUCCCAGUGAAGCUCCUGUUUUGGCAGGACAGAAUUUUCUCCUGGAAAGGGAUAGAAAAGGCCAUUCUCCUGUUAUCUUCAGACAGGACGCUGUGGAUACUGGUAGCGGUAGUCCAGCUAACCAGAGGUCUUCUACUUGGAGCAUCGGCAGCUCUGCUGCCUCAAGGCAUGGCACCGUGCAGGGAACACCCAGUCUUAGGAGGAGGCCCUCGUUUCUCAAGAGGGUCUUCUCUAUCCCGGAGUGCGAGUCCCCGGGGAGAAAUUCUCAAGGCGAGCAGCUGUCCGAGGUUGAACAGCGGCAGGAUGAGUUCUUUGCUUUCUUGGAUAGCGAGCUAUCUAAGAUUGAAUCUUUUUACAAGACCAAGGAAACUGAAGCCACAGACCGCUUGAAGACUCUCCGGCAACAGCUGCACAUUAUGGGAGAUCAAAGAAUCCAGGAAGUUCUGGCAGCCAAGAAUGCGUUCGCUGCCAAUGGUAAAGGCAAAAAUCAGGCAAAUGGCUCUGGUGGAGGAGAUAAUGGCACAAUAUUGAAAAAUCCUAUCAAGGGGCGAGGACACAUUGGGAAGAAUUCAGAAGCCUUACCGCACCUGGCGUCACCUGCAGCUCUCCAGCCACAUGAUGCGGAAUCUGUCACUCUUCGAAGGGACUUUAUGCGACGACCAGAACCGGCGCAGACCAACGAGGUCCCUUACCGCACGGCUAAGAGAAAACUGAAGCUGGCCCUACAAGAAUUUUAUCGUGGCCUGGAACUCUUGAAAUCCUAUGCCUACCUGAACCGGACUGCUUUUCGAAAGAUCAAUAAGAAAUACGACAAGGUUACGAACUCCCGCCCUACUAUGCGGUAUAUGUCCGAGAAGGUCAACAAGGCUUGGUUUGUCCAGAGUGACAUCGUCGAUAGCCUCAUGGUCACCGUAGAAGACCUAUAUACUCGUUAUUUUGAGCGUGGAAACCAUAAGAUUGCUGUUUCGAAACUCCGCCACACGGGGCUCAAGCCCGGAGACUAUUCUCCCAACACAUUUCGUGUUGGUCUUCUACUGAUGGGGGGUAUACUUUUUGGUAUUCAGGCCCUGGUCUACGCGGCACAGCACUUGCGUCAUCCAGAUCCUGCGGUCAAGAGCAAAACAAGUUAUUUACUUCAGAUCUACGGUGGCUUCUUUCUUGUGAUAUUUCACUUUCUACUCUUUUGUCUUGAUUGCAUGAUAUGGACAAGAUCUAAAAUUAAUUACGUUUUUGUUUUUGAGUUUGACACAAGGCACGCGUUAGAUUGGCGUCAAUUAUUGGAGAUACCAUCGAUUUUCUUCUUUCUAUUAGGAUUAUUUAUGUGGCUCAAUUUUUCUUGGAUUAAUAAGAUGUAUAUCUACUGGCCAGUUGUACUUGUGGCAGAAUACCUUAUCAUUAUGUUUCUUCCAGUGAGGGUGUUCUAUCACCGGAGUCGACAAUGGUGGCUGUACUCUAAUUGGCGUCUUCUGUUAGCAGGGCUCUAUCCAGUUGAGUUCCGUGACUUCUUCUUGGGGGACAUGUACUGCUCUCAAACAUAUUCUAUGGGGAAUAUCGCUCUCUUCUUCUGUCUCUACGCAAAACACUGGGGAUUUCCAGAGCAAUGCAAUUCAUCCCAUUCCAGGCUGCUGGGAUUCUUCACCUGCCUUCCAUCUAUUUGGCGAGCAUUUCAAUGUCUCCGUCGAUUCGCAGAUACGAAGAGCGCGUUCCCUCACCUUCUCAACUUUGUGAAGUACAUCUGCGGUGUUUUGUACUAUCUCACUCUGAGCCUGUAUCGCAUCGACAAGGUGCCACGAUAUUUAGCUGUGUUCAUUAUAUUUGCACUGCUAAAUGCCAUAUAUACAUCCAUCUGGGAUCUUGUUAUGGAUUGGAGUUUGUGCAAUCCCUACGCCAAACGACGGUUCCUACGCGAGAUGCUGGCUUUUCGCAACUGGUGGGUGUACUACGUGGCCAUGGUCUUGGAUGUCAUCAUACGUUUCAACUGGAUUUUCUAUGCUAUAUUCACUAGAGAGGUACAACAUUCCGCCAUCCUCAGCUUCUUUGUCUCGUUCUCUGAGGUCUGUCGGAGAGGUAUGUGGUCAAUAUUCCGGGUAGAGAACGAACAUUGCACGAACGUCCUUCUUUACCGAGCGUCGCGGGAUUUGCCCCUGCCAUAUGAAAUUCCGUCUCAGGCACCUCAUACCACUCCUUCCCAAAAUGGUCUCCAGUCGCAAGAUGUACAACUCGAGAGUCAGCCAGCGGCAUCACCGUUUGUUGCUUCAGGUGAGCUUGAGCAAGGACCGCCUUCAUCCGGGAGACAAACUACUCGAGCUCGACGCCCAUCGUUGGCAGAAGGCAUGUCACGUGUUGGAACAAUGAUGGCUACUGCCCAUGCUCAAGAUUUCCAGCGCAGAAAGAACCCGGAUCCUGUAUCCGGUGGCAGUCCCUUGCAACAGGAACAGGGUGAUGAUUCCCAUGACGACUCCAGUGACGGGUAAAGGUCAAAACCGGCCAUGUUGGAUGCUCCUUGCUUGCGUUCGGUAACGCAAGGGACCGGAAUUCCCCAUCAACUUGGAAAUGGCCGUCGAGUCAACAGCUGAGGAACUGCCAAAAAUCUCUUCUCUAUCUCCCCCCUUGACUUGCUUCCCCAGGUACUUGACAAGUUCAUCGGGCCGCUCCCGUUUCACAUCAUCCUCGAACACCCAAGGCGACCAUUUUUCGUCACCGAUGAGCAACUGAUGGAGUUUGGCAUCGAAAUCGUUCAUGGAGUUACCGAUCUUUACAUAUGUCUAGAUAGAAUUAGGAGUAUGGUUAGCAGGUAUAACUCACAUGGCUAACUAGAAGCAUGCUUUACUUACAGUUUGAUUACGAAAGCGAGUCACUCUAAGGUUCGAAUCCAGCCUAUUUCCCAAGAAUAUACUGCCCAUGUACGCCUGAAGUUGCUUUUUUGUGGCCGUACGCAGGUCGGCAGCUGUCCCCGUGAAGUUGAAUUGCAUCUUGCGGAUGAGUGGAUGCGUUGGGAAUUUUUUAAACCCAGCUGCCGCAACUUUACGAAAGUAAUGAUGCACCUUUUCUGUUGGGUCAUCAGGACGCGGACAACUCGGCACAAAAAAAUCGGGGCAGUCAGCCUUGCCGUAGCGACGUAUCUCAAAUCUAAGCUCCUCCCACAUGGUCGCAAUUGAAGCCAAUUGAGUUGGCAUUGAUGGAGACUGGCUGGAGGAGAGCCUUUAGAGGGUUGAUAAUGGGGAUUGUUGUGGGAAUGGAGAUGGUAUUGCAUUCUGGGGGACUUGAAAAUAUUUAUAUCCAGGGGAUAAUAAUAGAAUAUGGAGGACUCCAUGAAGUGUAGAGAACUCCAUGAAGAGUGUGGAAAACACCAUUAUAGAAGGUCCUCACAGGCAUUCAUGGAGAAUCCCAUUAGGGGUGAAGAGAGCCCUUUAACCCUUUUAUCUUUUAUAGGGCUCUUAAAGCUUGUAAGGAUGAAAUAUACUGUCAAGUUAGUGUGAAGCUGGGUAUCCAGG